AUGGAAGGAAGUCAGAUACAUGAUCACUUAUGGUCAACAUUAGAUUUGGAUCAAAUACCCGUUUAUAACCUCGUUCAUUCAGUAAGAGAAGACGUUUUUACUUCAGUUGAUUCUAAAACGGAUCAUUUUCAAUUGCGAGGGCCUCAAAUUAAUUCACUUCUUGUUCGUCCUAUCCUUGAAAAAUGCAAAAAAAAAAAAUCUCAUGCAAUUGUAUAUGCGCUCCUUGUAAACCAGGUACAAUUUAUUAAAGAAGCUUCGGAAAAUGCACUUAUGACUUCUAUAAAUACUACAUGUGCGGUUGUAUGCGAGUUGGUGGCAAUUAAAAUAUUAAAGUAUUUCAAAUCAGAAGAACUUAUUGAUGUUUUAACUUAUGAUUUUUGGCCUUUACAAGGCGCAUCUUUAGAUUAUACAGAUAUGGCGUUUAUAGGAGCGAACAAAAUAUCUGCUAUCGAAGUGGCUAUACGUGCUGAAGCUAAAAGAUUUCUCUCUGUCCCUGUCGUUGUGCAGAUUCUUGAAAAUAUAUGGAAAGGAAAUAUUGUUUUUUAUUCUAGUUCUGACAAGAAUGAUUUUAUACCAGAGUCUUAUCGAAGAGUUUCAACAAUCUAUGAUAGUAGAGAAUGUAGUAUUUUGAAGCUAAGUAGACUGCGUGUACCAAAAUAUCGGCAUUAUAUGGCUACUGUAAGCUUUGCUAUAAUGUUAGCUUUAGUUACUGCAACCUUAAUACAAAAUAUUCCUCAAAUAACUACUUUGGAAUUGGUUAUGGAUUUUUGGGCUAUAGGAUUUAUAUUGGAUGAGAUUAUGGGUAUAGCCAAUUCAGGCACUAGGUUAUAUUUAUUAAAUUUAUGGAAUAUAUUUGACGUUAUUCUUUUCUGCAUAUUUAUUGGUUUUCUCGCAUUAAGAUUAUACGGACUUUUUAUUGAUGACCCAGAGCACAAAAUUUCACGUAUAGCUUAUGAUAUUUUAGCAACAAAUGCAAUAUUUCUCUUCCCAAGACUAUUUUCUACAAUGGAUUAUUAUCGUUAUUUUUCUCAAAUGCUUAUCGGGUUUCGGAAAAUGGCAAUAGAUUUUUUUACAACUUUAAUUCUAAUUAUUAUUAUAUUUUCCGGGUUUUGGGUAGCAUUAAGUCUUGCCUUUGCAAGAGAUAGUUACUCUCCAAAAUCCUUGGCUUUUAGAUUAAUGCAAUUGUUUUUUGGAUUUUCUCCUGCAGCAUGGGAUAUGAUGGAUAAUUUGAAUAUUUUAGGACAAACAUUAUUAAUUCUUUUUAUGGCGAAUUCAAAUUAUUUUGUAGUAACUGCUUUAGUAUCUGUUCUUUCAAAUUCAUUCGCUUCCGUUAGAGCAAAUGCACAUGAAGAACAUCAGUUUCUUUUUGCAGUUAAUACCAUUUCAAGUGUUAAAUCAGAUGCAUAUUUUUUCUAUCAAACUCCAUUUAAUAUUCUUCAAUGGAUUAUUUAUCCAUUGGUUUAUAUUCUUUCAAAACAGAGUUAUAUGAAAUUAAAUUGGUAUGUUAUAAAGAUUACGCAUUUUCCUAUACUUUUUACUAUAUUUCUAUAUGAAAGAUUUUGUCUUCGACAAAAAACAUUUAGUACAACUGAAUUAGGUUUGUCAAGAGCAAAGUCUAUAGAUACUAUCGAUAAUGACUAUUUCGGGACUUUCGUUAAAGAAAACAGAGCAGCAAGUGCUGUGUUAAAAAGAAAAUCUCGUUGUGAUUCUCUUGCAGUUCAAAUGAGAGAUCAGCUAUUAGAUCAUGUAUUUAAAAUUCCUUAUAAUACAUUUAAAAACAAUGGGAAAAAUUAUUCAAAAAAUAGCAUUGGAGAUUAUACUAUUGAUAAAUGGUUGAUAUCACCAUCCCGCACUUUUUUUACUAUGGAUAAAUUAGAUGAAAACGAUUCUUUUAAUCAAAAUGAAAAUAUAAAACAAAUUCCAUCAGAAUUGAAAAAAAAAAAAUCAAUAAAUUCUCAUGAAUAUGAAAAAAAAUAUUCAUCGGAUUUUUCACAAAUAGGUACAAAUUUUAAUUUUGAUGAAUUUGAAAAAAAUUCUAUACAAACAAAAAUAAAUUUACUGAAUUCAUAUUCAUUGCAGAAAGAAAAAAGACCUGGUAUAUUAAAGGAGCAUUGUAAUAAUAUUAAUGACAAUGAUUAUGGAGAGGCAACUAUUUUUAUGGAUAAUGAAUGUUAUGAUGAAUUUGAACAAUGUUCUACUAAUAUCAAUAAAAAUAUUGGAAAGUAUAGCCUUUUUGAUGAUAAUUUAAGACAAAUGCACUAUUUUCAAAAAAAUUCAGAAAAUAUAUUACCUAAAUUUAAAACAUUAGAGUCUAUUAAGACUUCCAAUCUUAGCAAACAAAAUCCUACUUUAACUAUGAGUCAAAAUAUACAAAAUCAUUCAUAUAAAGAACAAUUUAUGCCUACUUAUUCUCCUUUUAAAUUCGAGAAUGAACCAUAUAGUAUAAAUGAAACAGAUAAGCUUAUGAAUAUGUCAAAACUUUUUUCUCGACUUUAUCAAAAUAAACCAUUCGAUAAUGAAGCAAUUAAAGAGUCUAAUAAUAUUGAGUCAAAAACAAAAGUUCAAAUAUAUAAUAAUGGGGUUUUAGAAUCCAUGCUAUUAGAAAAACUUGACGCUAUUGAAAAUUUUGUGAAGAUUAGGGUUGAUCACUUAGAAGCUAUUUGUAUAGAAAUUAUUGCGGAAAUCAAGAAGCUAAAACAGUAA